GGAAUUGGGCUCUAAUCAAACUGUCACCGGGACAGAUAUCGAAGAAGAAACAUCUAUAGAAAAGCUUUACAACACAGAAGAACUAUAUUUAGAAAUACACCAAUCUCUAAUCUAAAUAUUUCUGAAAGCCGUUUAUCUAGUUUUCCCUCAAGAAAAUCUACUGUAAGCAAAGAUGAAAGUUAUCGGAUCUACCUGCACGCUGAAGACCAAGGCCGGGAGCGAAGACGUGGUCCGCUGCCUCUCUGACCAAAGCCUCACCAUUUCCAAAUGCAAAAUGCCGCUGCUCGAUGAGCACAUGACCAUGUUCCUUCAGGACAUGAACAGCUGCUACAGCAAAUUGAAAGAGUUGGUGCCCACCCUGCCACCAAACAAGAAAGCCAGCAAGAUGGAGAUCCUGCAGCACGUCAUUGAUUACAUCUGGGACCUUCAGGUCGAACUGGACGAACCGGGCAAGGGCCGACUGCAGGGAACAAACAGUGGAUCGAUCACUCGGUCACCCCUCACGACCCUCAACUCAGAGAUGGCAAAUAUCACUGUGGAGAACGGGUGCCCUGAUGACCGAAUCUUGUGCCGCUAAAGCGGUGACUGGGGAAAGUUCUGGCAUGGAAAACUAUGGAAGGUUCGGCGGAGUUUCUCCUUGGUGCCGAAUCGUCACGUCGAUAACCUUGAACCAAAUAGGGACGUUACGAUCAAGCCGAGAUCGAGCAUGACUCCGAGCGGCUGCACGGACCCGUCCCGGUCCCUAAACCGGUACCGGGUCCAGUGGCGACUGAGCAACACCGAGCCGAUGAACUGAUUUGCUCGCUUGUACCGUGCAGUACAGCUGUCAGUACUGGAAUUCACAAGAAAGAUAUGCUAUGCUUCGUCUAUCUUUCUCACUAUUUUUGUAUUCGGUUAAAUUUACACGUAGGAAAGAUUUUAAACAUUUUGUAAAAAAAUGUCAAGUUCUCAGAUUGCUGAGUAUGAAUUGUAUUGUAUAUUACAAUGCUAUGAAAAUGUUAGUCAUAUUGGUUUUGUAUUUACAAUGUACCUAAAGUCUUUAUUAAAAUGGGGUAUUUUGAAGAAAAAAUAA